UCUGCUUGCUCCACCGCUGCUUCAGAAGGGCUGCCAGAGUGGCCCUGCCGGCUCGCCUGCCCAAGAGCCAUGGCAAAGAAUGGACUUGUCAUUUGCAUCCUGGUUAUCUGCUUGCUCCUGGACCAGACCACCAGCCACCCGUCCAAAUUAAAAGCCAGGAAACACAGCAAACGCCGUGUGAAAGAAAAAGAUGGAGACCUGAGGUCACAAGUUGAAAAGCUCUGGAGAGAAGUCAACGCGCUGAAGGAGAUACAGGCCCUGCAGACAGUCUGUCUCCGAGGCACAAAAUUUCACAAGAAAUGCUACCUUGCUUCAGAAGACGUGAAGCAUUUCCAUGAAGCCAAUGAAGACUGUAUUUCCAAGGGAGGGAUCCUGGUUGUCCCCAGGAACUCUGACGAAAUUAACGCCCUCCGAGACUAUGGUAAGAGGAGCCUGCCGGGUGUCAAUGACUUUUGGCUGGGCAUCAACGAUAUGGCCACAGAAGGCAAGUUUCUUGAUGUCAAUGGAAUGGUCAUCUCCUUCCUCAACUGGGACCGUGCACAGCCCAGUGGUGGCAAGAAGGAAAACUGCGUCCUGUUCUCCCAAUCGGCCCAGGGGAAAUGGAGUGAUGAAGUCUGCCGUAGCAGCAAGAGGUACAUAUGCGAGUUUACCAUCCCCUAACAGUCCCUUCUCCAGUGUUUCUUCCAAGCACAAUCAGUCAUGAUUCAUAAGCUGGUGGUUGCCAAGAGUAAGUCAAAAUUGUUACUAUUGAACGCAAAAUUGUAACACAAGUGUCAAUGCACAUAACCAUAUAACAGAAUUGGACAAUUUGUUCCUGUAUUCCAUUGCGGUUUUGGCCUUCAUGGGACACAGUGGAUCAGAAAAUAAUAAUCUAGGCACUAGGUCGAUGUACACUACUAAAGUGACUUCUGUGAAUUGAGCUAUCAAAUUAUUUUUUCUCUUUCCUUGUCCUGCUCACUCAGAUAGACCCAGUCUGUGUUAAAGUAUACAACACCCUAUAUGUU